GAGCCAUAGUUGGCCACAUGGUCCUGUGGAGCAUCCAGGAGGGGAGGCUCGGGUCUGGGGAGGCAACAGAGAGCUGGCACCAGAGGAGGCUUGUCAGGGGCAGGGAGCUGCCCCUCAAGGAAGGCUGCCCUGGGGGCAUUAGUUCCCUAGCCUGCCCGGUGCGUGAGCAGAGCGCGUGCCUGUGGUCAGAGAGAGCUCUCCGGCAAAAAGACUAGCAUUAGCGGUUGGAAAUCGAGCAGGUGGGCCCUGCAGUGGUGAGGCCCGGGGGAUGGACGGGGCACCAGUCAUCUCCAACAUCAUACUGGGGUGUCAUCACUGUUUCUCUCCUUGGGCCUGGCAUGGGCUUGCCACAGAACACCUGCACUGUGUUGACCCUGAAUGUUUGCGGGCCAUGGUGUGCAGUGGGGGCAACGGCUGUCUGUGCUUUGGCGGAGGGGAAGGGAGUUUGGCCUGGAAAGGUCAAAGGACACUGUCUUCUUCUUCCCUGUUGUGAGAAUGGAAAUGGUGCCCCCAACCCUCCAUCUCCCCUCCAUGCAAACUCUUGGCCCCCUCCCAGGUGACCUCGGCCUCCUCCCUGGACCCUGAGUGUGCCAGCAUGUUCUCCCUCUUGCUCCACGGUGCCCCCGACCCCCUGCCAGCAGUGCCCCGCCCCCUGCCUGUGCACUCCCAGCCCUGGGUGCGUUUCGCUGCUGAGGUGCUCUGCCUGGCUGGGGUGCACCCUCCAGGCCCGUCCCUGCCUCUCACUUCCUGUGUGACUGAGCAGGGGAGCCCCUCUUGGAGCCUACAAAUGAGAGAUUGGAUUCUUCAAACCCUCUUUAUUUUUUUUUUUAACAUUUAUUCAUCUUUUGAUAGAGAGCGUGGGUGGAGGAGGGGCAGAGAGAGAGGGAGACACAGAAUCCGAAGCAGGGUCCAGGCUCCGAGCCGUCAGCACAGAGCCUGACACGGGGCUCGAACUCACGAACCAUGAGAUCAUGACCUGAGCCAAAGUCGGACGCUCAACCGACUGAGCCACCCAGGCACCCCAUUCAAACCCUCUUUCUAAGCCUGAUGGAUAGUUACUAGAUUGAGAAAGAUUCUGGGGCUGUGCCAGGACACGUGAGAAAUAGUUCUCUGAUGGAUUAGUGAUGUCUGCCAUGGGUAUGGGGUAGAGGAGGGGGUGCCAGCUGCGUGUAGGCCACACACUGGCUUUCCCUGAACCAAGUGAUCUCCAAGGAUUUCUUAAUUGUAGGCUUUGGUCACGAGGUAAUGAGUGCCCCAUCCCUGGAUGGUCCAAGCAAGGGCUGAGUGGCCAUGGGUCAGGGGUGCUGGUGCGGGGCUUACCUCUGCUUUUGGUGCCGAGAUUUGGGAUUUGUAUGUCUUCUCAGCACACGGAGUGACAAAGGCCUUGAGAACUGAGACAGGAAUUCAUUGUCAUGCCUGGAGUCUGGCCUCAGGGCCUGGUAGGAUGGGGUGUUGGCUUCUCUCCUAACCCUGUAGACUGGGAACUUGCUGCUUAAAGGCGGUGUGACCCUGGGCGAGUGAUUUAGUCUUUCUGAGCUUCCGUUUCUUCAUCUGGAAAAUGGGGAUAAUAGUUGCAACGUUGUGGAGGGAUUAAGCGAGAUAAUUUGAGCUCUUAGAACCCGCCCUGGCAUGUAGUGAGUACUCAGGAUGCAUUGAUCAGUGUGCUCCCACCUCGGAAGGUGCUCUGGCCAGCUGAAAGCCCAAGAGGCAGGACCUUGAGCCCCUCCCACUCUGGGCUCCCUCCACUGGCUGUUGUAGUUAGUUAACGCUUUCUCAAUAUCUGAGAAUGUGGGCCCAGGCCUCGUCCUCUUCCCCUCCCGGAUGUCACCGAAACCUGAGGUGCCCAGAGCCUCAGGGGACUGGGCAUGGGGUGUCCUGCUGCAUCCGGAGGCACCUCCCGGUGACUUUUGGGCCCCACCUUUGGGUCAUGUGGCAGCUGCCUCUCUGAAAGCUCCCAGGCCGGGCCCUGUCGCCUUCUGAACACACUGGGGGCCAGGAGUCUUGAGUCUGCAGACGCUGUGCCCGGCGAGGAAGUGGGCUCAAGAGACAACGGGGCUGGGACAGCUUCCCCGUCUCUCAGAGGUGUCUGGGUCUGUGCUGCCCACUGCUCCUUCUCUGCCUGCUGGACUUGCCUCGCUCCCUGCCUGCGGUGUUGAAGUCACCUUGGCUCGCUCAGGUAGCACAGCCCUUGCCUCUCUCCUGCUCCCCUCCGGGCAAUGCCUGGGAUCCCCACUGGCCAACCUGGGCAUCUGCCCACAGCGGUCCCAACUGUUGUCUUUACUGUCUCCUCCAAACCCACGAGUGGCUUUGUGACCCGGGACGAGUCUCAGCCUUAGCUCUUGAAUCUGGGAAAUGGGGAGCCGGCCUCUUUACUUGCUAAGGCCUCUUCCAGCAAAACAAAUCUAAUUCCAUUUCUGAUCUGAUCUAGCCACAUGCAUCCAUUGAGCAAGAGCCAAACAGGCCUGCGUAUCCUUGGUUGAGGAUAUUGUCCCACAUUUCUUAAAUCAAGUCUUUAAAGACCAUAGAGCUGCGUAACCUUCUUGCCACACCUGUGUUUGUCUGUGUGGAGUGUCCUUGGGAUGUUUGGCAAGUUUGUGGUGCUGGGUUUUCUACUCAUGGGUCCUCUUCUGGGUCUUUCUUUGCGGUGCUGUAUUCACCAAGAGCCUGGGAGGGGCUCCCCACACCCCUAGAAUCACACACACACACACACACACACACACACACACACACGUGCAUGUACCGGCAGGCAUAUACACCCAGCAGAGGGGGGCCAUGGGAAGCUGAGGACCGGACUGAUGCCUGCAGCUCUAACUCUCUCUGAUCCUUACUUUCUGGGUGACUUUGCUCAUAGUCUCAGUUUCUACCUGAGAAACAGGGGAGCAGCGUGUGAACGUGACCUUGUUGAUUUUCUCUGUGUGGUUUUAGGAGGAAAGCUGACAGAAGAGGGGUUCCCCAGCCUGUGUGACACACUGGGUGGGUCCCAAGUGCCCAGCCCGGGCACAGACACCAGGAGUCACUGCAGCAGCCUUCCCUGUCUGGGCGCUGCUGGCCAGGUGCGAGGCUGUCUGGCUGGUGGGAGCAGCGCGCCAGGCUGGGCUCUCCGGCCUUUGAUUCUUCCGAUUCUGUCCCUUGCAGGCCUCGAGCCGCUCAGAGCCCCAGUUGGAGCAGCCAUGACCCGCUGGACAUCCCUCCAGGCCUCCAGGCCACAUAAACCUGCCCCCUGCGAUCCGGUGGCCUCCCGCCGGCAUCUAAGUACCCCGAGCCUGGCCACCUCCGCCUGGAGGGUCCAGGGACCCGGGGCUGAGCCAUCUUCUCGGCGCAGUCUCCGGGGUCCCCACAAUCGCCGGCUCCCUGCCUCCCGGGCUGGGCGGAAGCAGCAUCCACCAUUACAGCCUCAGGCCUCAGCUCCUCAGACCCAUGGAGACGCCCCACCCGGAGCCGGCCUGGGGGCGAGCCAGGGCCCCCCCACCCCCGGGAUGACCUCGGCCGGCAGGGCCAACCCCUACAGUAUCGUGUCGUCAGAGGAGGACGGGCUGCACCUGGUCACCAUGUCGGGCGCCAACGGCUUCGGCAACGGCAAGGUGCACACGCGGCGCAGGUGCCGAAACCGCUUCGUCAAGAAGAACGGCCAGUGCAACAUUGAGUUCGCCAACAUGGAUGAGAAGUCGCAGCGCUACCUGGCCGACAUGUUCACCACGUGCGUGGACAUCCGCUGGCGCUACAUGCUGCUCAUCUUCUCGCUGGCCUUCCUCGCCUCCUGGCUGCUGUUCGGUGUCAUCUUCUGGGUCAUCGCCGUGGCCCACGGCGACCUGGAGCCGGCAGAGGGCCGCGGCCGCACGCCCUGCGUGAUGCAGGUCCACGGCUUCAUGGCGGCCUUCCUCUUCUCCAUCGAGACGCAGACCACCAUCGGCUACGGGCUGCGCUGUGUGACGGAGGAGUGCCCCGUGGCCGUCUUCAUGGUGGUGGCGCAGUCCAUCGUGGGCUGCAUCAUCGACUCCUUCAUGAUCGGCGCCAUCAUGGCCAAGAUGGCUCGGCCCAAGAAGCGGGCACAGACGCUGCUGUUCAGUCACAACGCCGUGGUGGCCCUGCGCGACGGCAAGCUCUGCCUCAUGUGGCGCGUGGGCAACCUGCGUAAGAGCCACAUCGUGGAGGCCCACGUGCGGGCCCAGCUCAUCAAGCCGAGGGUCACCGAGGAGGGCGAGUACAUCCCGCUGGACCAGAUCGACAUCGAUGUCGGCUUUGACAAGGGCCUCGACCGCAUCUUCCUCGUGUCACCCAUCACCAUCCUGCAUGAGAUCGACGAGGCCAGCCCGCUGUUUGGCAUCAGCCGGCAGGACCUGGAGACAGAUGACUUCGAGAUCGUGGUCAUCCUGGAGGGCAUGGUGGAGGCCACGGCCAUGACCACGCAGGCCCGCAGCUCCUACCUGGCCAACGAGAUCCUGUGGGGCCACCGCUUUGAGCCUGUCCUCUUUGAGGAGAAGAACCAGUACAAGAUCGACUACUCCCACUUCCACAAGACCUACGAGGUGCCCUCCACACCCCGCUGCAGUGCCAAGGACCUGGUGGAGAACAAAUUCCUGCUUCCCAGUGCCAACUCCUUCUGUUAUGAGAACGAGCUGGCCUUUCUGAGCCGUGAUGAGGAGGACGAGGCAGACGGAGACCAGGAUGGCCGCAGCCCCCAGGCCCGGCAUGACUUUGAUAGACCCCAGGCCGGUGGCGGCGGCGGCGGCCUCGAGCAGCGGCCCUACAGACGGGAGUCAGAGAUCUGAGCCGCCAUCGGCCAACGUGCAGCAUCCGCCCCGCCAGGGAGAGGCCCGGCGUCCCGCAAGGGCCCCGGGUUUGAGCAGAACGGGCCAGGUGCCCCGGUUGCAGACUCAGUAGCGUUUUAGAUGUUUUAUGUUUCUUCACAGUGGCCUGGCAAGGUUGGCGGGAGAGUGGGCGGCCAGUGGGCUGCCCCUGGCCUCAGGGGCCAGAGCAGGUGCAGGGACAGGGAGGUGGCCUCUCGGGGUCCAGGCCAGGAGCCGGGGGCUUCUGCCUGAGGCUAGAACUGCAGCCUGCCUGGAAACGGCUCCACAGCCACCCAGCCUCUGUGGGCGAAAGCUGGCAGGCUGCAGUGCGCCUCGCUGGUUUUUAACUUGGGGAGAAACACCAGUUUUGGCUUUCUCAACCUUAGCUUGAGUAAGACUGUUUACAAAAAAAAAAAAAAAAAUAACAACAC